AUGUGCUUGGUCCUCGCCUUCGUGGGAGUUGUCGUCCUGCUGGCAGCCCCGGCCCGAGCUUUCCUCCCUGCGCCCCUGUCAGUGUCCUACUCCUCCCUAGCCUCAGCCCCCUGCUCGCCGAGUGCCGUCACUGGCCGUUCCAGGAGACCUCACAUGAGAGCCGGACCCAGUGAGGAAUCAGGUGCAAGAAGACGGCCCGAGGAACGAGGUCUUGGGCCGGCGCCCUUGGAGUGGUGGGCCGAUCCGCAGGCGACCCGGCGUCUCCUCGACCCCGCGGCGAAGGAGAGGCCGGUCUCCGGGAAUCAGGCGAGGUCGCCGGGUUUCUGGUUCAAAGAUGUCCUCUCCUUGCAAGCCCUGAAGCGAAGGGCGUUCUCUUUGGCCGUACCGGUGCUUUUGGCCGUGAACGGGGGCAGUCUCUUUUCGGGGGGAAUGCUUCACCCGCCCGUGGCGGCCGCGGUGGACAGUAUCAAGGUGGGGACGUGUCUGCUGAAGGAGUGCCAGCUCGAGCUCGCCCGGUGCAUUCUUGACCCCAAGUGCCUGGCGAACGUGAUCUGCCUGAACACGUGCAACAACAAGGCGGACGAGGUCGGGUGCCAGAUCGGUUGCGGGGACCUGUUCGAGAACGAGGUGGUGGGGCAGUUCAACGCCUGCGCGCUCAGCAAGAAGCAGUGCGUGCCGCGGAAGGAGGACGACGGGACCUACCCGGUGCCCCCCGACUCGGCGCUGGUCUCGUCCUUCGACAUGAACACCUUCAAGGGCAAGUGGUACAUCAGCGCGGGCCUGAAUCCGCUCUUCGACUGCUUCGACUGCCAGGUCCACUUCUUCACCGUGCAGGGCGACCGGCUCUACGGAAAGCUGAACUGGCGCAUCACGGAACCGGACGGGGAGUUCUUCACGCGGGACACGGUGCAGCGCUUCGUGCAGGACCCGCGCGCCCCGGGCAAGCUCUACAACCACGACAACGAGUACCUCCACUACCAGGACGACUGGUACAUCCUCGACUACGAACCCAACGUCUUCAUCGCCGUCUACUACCGGGGCCAGAACGACGCCUGGACCGGCUACGGCGGGGGCGUCGUCUACACGAAGCAGUCGAGCGUCCCCCCCGAGUACAAGAAGCGCAUCGCCGCCGCCUUCGCGAAAGCCAACGUGGACUAUGCCCGCUUCAAGGACGUGGACAACUCCUGCAGCGACUUGAAGGAGAACCCGACGGCGCUGCGGGCCGAGUUCGCGCGGAGACUCUUCCUGACAGAGGAGCAGCAGCUGCAGGAGGCGCUGACCACCGCGCGGGUGACGGCGGGAAACGCGAUCAUGAUGGAGGAGAAGGAGGCGCAAGCGGCGGUCAAGGAGCUGGAGCGUGUCAUCUCGGAGUUUGAGGGGCGGGUGGGGAAGGAGGUGGGCCGCGAGGUGGAGAAUUUGGAGAAGGAGCUGGUCAAAGAGGUGCAGCAGGUGGAGCGCGUGAUCGAUACCGGCCUGUGGCGGGCCAACAACAAGCCGAAUCUGGACUCUCUCGCGCAGCGCCUGGAGGAGAGGCCGCUGGCGGAUCCACGGCCCGCGCCUAAGUGA